AUGGCCCGGUGGCGGAAUGCGAACGACGGCGGCGCUCGUGCAACCCUCGCGUUGGCCAUCCUUGUGGUCUUGGCAUUCUGCGCGCGAUCUGCGUCAGCAGUAGGCAGCACGCCUCAUUCAGCCUUCAGCUACAAGGAUGAUGACCCGGACGGGCCUGCGAAAUGGGCAACGUUGCAGAAGGACUGGGCUGUUUGUGACAGCGGCAAAGAGCAGUCACCGAUCGACGUCGCAAAGGUGGAGGUCUCCGAGGAUUUAGGCCCACUGGAGCAGACCUACAAGGCCGGAGCCGCCGCCGUGCAAAACCGAGGCCACGAUUUCAUGCUAAACUGGAAAGAAGCGAACGGCAAGCUGACGAUCGACGGGAAGGACUACACGCUGCUGCAGGUGCACUGGCACGCGCCCUCUGAGCACACUGUCAAUGGCACCCGCUUCGACGCGGAGAUGCACAUGGUGCAUGAGGACACCACCAAGGCGAAAGCUGUCGUCUCCGUGCUGUUCAGCUCCAAAGCAGGCAAGCCCAGCAAGCUGCUCGGUGAUCUACGGCCGUACUUCGAGAAGCUUACUGGUAAACAGAAUGCUACGGAGGAAGUGAAGGGCCCAGUUGAUCCGGCAGCCUGGAUAAACAAAGACUCAGGCUACUACAGAUACGAGGGCUCUCUUACAACGCCACCUUGCACCGAAGGAGUGAUUUGGACGAUCUUGAGCAAGGUAGCAGAUGCAUCAAAGGAGCAGAUCGACUCCCUCAAGUCAGAGACCAAGGAGCCAAAUUCACGCCCGACUCAGAAAAUCAACAGCCGUGUUAUUCGCUAUUACGAAGCUAAGACCACAGAAGCAAAAGCUGAGCCAGGGCCAAGAAGGGCUGGAGCGAGUUGA